AUGGAUCCUCUCCAGGGCCACCUCCUGAGAUCCAUCCUGAUUAUCGUCGGCUGCAUCCUCCAGAAAGAAGAAAAUACAUACAAACUAGGAAAGUCGUGGCGCCUGUCAUGUUCGGAGCAAAGACCACCGUCCUACCGCAGGGCAGAUGAUGUUAUGCAUCUCACCCUCAACUCUCUUGAGAUGCCUGCCCUCCGAAGAUGCAAGGCGCUUGGUGCCUCCUCUUUGUUCUGCGCUUCGGGUAAUCCGCAGAUCAGGAUCUGUGCAUGGGCUGCCUCCAAGCUUUCCCCGGCGGCUCACCACCAAGGUGUUUCUACACGAUGGCGUUGCACUGGUACCUGCAUCUGAUUUUCUAGACUAGAACUAAGAUACGCGCGCGCGCGUACGCGCAAAAUAAAGGUCCGGAUGGAAAAAACCCCG